GCAGUCUGCGAGAGCCGGCGCCCCUGGCAUAUAGGCAGCAGGCGCGCCCGCCACGCGCCAGUGCCGUUUGGGACGUCGCACCUGUAGGGGCGGCGCGACUGGACACGGCGUCGCAUUGUGGUGUGGAUCCCACACUGUGGCGACCGAGCGGUGCUGAUGCGAGUGUACGCUACGUGUACUUGCGCUCGCUAAAGCCGACUUCUGCCGCGAUGGCACGCUCUGAAUCACCGGUCCUGUCUCCACAGGGGCUGCGUUAAGUGAGGUCGGGAUCCGCUAACAUUGAAGGGGAUAUACUGUGUUGCGCAUGCUGUCUGCAGCGAGGAAACGCGCAAUAAGCAUGUCUGAUCACGUUCGCUGGCGGGAGAACCGAGGGUGAACGGUUCUUCUACACGAGGGGGUGGGGCCGCAGAGGCUAUAAUGGCGCUGUCUGGUGGACGGCACUCAGCAGAGGGCUGCCUUCUGCUGUAGGGCCUUCUGUGGGAGCAGUACACGAGAUGGAGCCCACAUGGUGCCGACGCGGCUUCUGGUGGUCGUGCGACUCCCGCACGUGUUUUCACUGCUGACUCUGCUGACUGCUGCACAGACAGAGCCCGCAUGGUGCCGACGCGGCUGUUGGUGGGGGUGCGCCUGCUGCUGGUGGUGUGCUCCAUCUCCCUGCUGACGCUGCUGCUGUUGCUGGGCCGCUGCAGCGUGGAGUCGCAGUCUGAGGCUGCGCUCACGGAUGUAUCCACAGGCGCGUGGUCGCCCCCUAAGCGGCAGCAGCAGCAGCAGCCGCCGCAGCUGGCGCCCCCUGCAGACAGAGUGGGGCGGGCGGAGACGGAGGGGGAGGUGCGGCGGCUGACGGCGCAGGUGCGCGACCUGGAGAAGCGCCUGCAGGCGCUCACAGGCAGCCUGGAGUGGCUGUCCAGCGGCUCCCCGCGGCCUCUCAGCCUGCUGGCCCCCGGCAACACGACGGCCGCCACUGUCGCCCCUCUGCACGUGCCGCUGACUGCCGGGCAGUGCGUGGAGCAGGCGCGCCGCCACGUGUCGCAGGCCGAGCUGCUGGACCGGGGGCGCCCGCUGGCCAGCGAGUUCGAGCUGGUCGCCUUCUCGCACUUCACGCUGAGCCGCGUCUACCCCGUCGAGCUGGCGCUCGGAAAGCGCGUCGUCGAGAAACCCAUCGGCUUCCGCAAGCUGGACCUUCUGGAGGCUCUUAUGCAGGCCCUGGAGACUCUGAACAGCAGUAGCGGCAGCGGUGGCGGCAGUGGGGAGCGCUUCUCGCUGUCGGACUUCAGCGAGGGCGUGUACCGCACGGAGCCGACCACGGGCACGCAGUACGAGCUGGUGUUCCGGGGCCCCGGUUCUGGCGCUGGUGGUAGCGGGAGGCGUGUGACGCUGGUGCGGCCGCUGCUGGCGCCGCUGGUGGUGGGGGUGGAGCGGCUGGCGGCCCCCCGGGGGCGGCCCACGGUGCACGUGCUGCUGCCGCUGGCCCCAGGGCCCGCCGCACACUUCCGCGCCUUCAUGGACAAGUUCGUGCGCAUCGCGCUCAAGAACGACCGCAGGGUGCAGCUGACGGUGGUGUUCUUCGGCGAGGAGGGCCUGGCCGAGGCGCGGGCGGCCAUGUCCCGCGCGCUGUCGCUGUCCCCCCGCGGCGGGCCGCCCGACCAGCUGCGGCUGCUGGCCCUCAACGAGUCCUUCUCCAGGAGCCGCGGGCUGCGGGUGGCCGCAGACGGGGCAGCCCCCUCAUCCGUGGACGCCCUGCUCUUCCUCUGCGACGUCCACCUCGUCUUCAGCGCCAGGUUCCUCGACCGCUGCCGCUGGAACGCACAGCCGGGCAAGAAGGUGUACUACCCCAUCGUGUUCAGCCUGUACAACCCGCACGUGGUGUACACCCUGCAGGGCCGGCCGCUGCCCCCGGAGGCGGAGCAGCUCGUCAUCUCCCGAGACACCGGCUUCUGGCAGGACGCAGACUUCGCCACCUCCUGCCAAUACAGGUCUGACUUCCUGAAGGCGUCCACCCCGGCGGAGGAGCCACCCGGCUGGGGUGGGGAGGGAGUGUCGCUGUACCGGCGCCACGUGCGAUCGCGCCUCAAGGUGGUGCGCGCCACAGACCCCGGCAUCUUCCGCCUGUGGCACCCCAAGGAGUGCAGCCGGCGGCUGACCGCGGAACAGCUGCGUGCCUGCCUGAGGAUGCGCGCCCUCACCGAAGCUUCGCACGCGCAGCUGGGGCUGCUCGCCUUCCGCGACGAGUCGCGCCACGCCUGACGAUGGAAUACGUCUAGUGGACGAAACGUCGCCUACCUAAGAACGGGCCAUCUCACUGAAACGUUGUAUACCCAGCUGGGGCCCCUCGUGCUCCAAACCUGAAGGUGGACUAACCUUAGACGUCGAAACCCUCUUCCUGUGGAAGUGCGCCCUCGCCGAAGCAAAACGCUCGCAGCUCCGACUGCUUGCCUUCCUCGACUUCAGCAUUGCUUGAUGAUGCAGUACGCCCCGCGGCCGAAACUUCACCUGCCUGAAGUCGUGCGACCUUACAGAAACGACACACCCACAACUGGGGUUUCCCAAAUGAUGCCUGCCCUGACGAUGAUGUCCGCGUUGCAGUAUAAAUGUUGCCUGUCUCAGAAUGUGUUCUCUAAUCAAAAAGGUAUAUAUAUAUAGCAGGGGCUGUUCCAAGGUGUGCUACAGCUGACGUUGGACUCACAUUUCACGGCCGAAACGUCUUCUGCCUUGGGGCUAGUGUCCUCAGCAAAACAUCACAUGUGCAGCUGAAGCAGCUCCAAUUACACCAUGGGAUGUGCCAAAACGUUGCCUGGCUGAUGAUACUCACCCACACACACGUGUCACAUUGUGCUUUAAAGUGAGAUCCGUCGCAUGGGCAAAAGGUCUCCAUAGAAUGGCAGAGAUACAGCCACAGAGCUUCAGACCUGCGAACCAGUGCUACUAAGUAGAGUGAUAGUGGCUCACCUCACAAACAAGUCUUGAACUGUGUACGAAACUGUGUAGAGUACCAAGGAGUAAAUAUUUUGUACUUAAUCUGAGUCUGUAAAAUAAAGUACAUGAUUCUGACCACAU